CCCCACUCCCCGACAGCCUUCUCGCUCACCCCGCCGAGACACUGAAGACGCCCAUAGCAACAACACACCGCGACGUCGAAUAAGAUCCUCGCGCAGUCGAGCGGACUGAUUAAACGCCGCUUCUUCGUCACGCUGACUACAGGUGAUCUGCGGAAAGGCCACGCUUCUAGCAUGGGGCGAGAGCAACGCUCGCUAGCUUGUUUUGGAUAGCCCCCCCCCCCCCCCCCCCCUCCCCGAGCCGUCCCGACUCCCGACGGAGGACUCAACGGAGUUGGGAGCGCCGCUAACCGCAAAGUCAACUAAUUGGGAAUAAAGACGGGAAUGGUGCUCUGGAUCGAGUCGCUUGACAGACAAAGAAAGGCGAGGGGCGCACGGAGCACACCGCCGAGGUGUUCCGUUUGGACUUGAAGUGUUUUUUUUUCGGGAGAGGGAGCGGCUCCCCGAAGGACGUGGUUUGUUUUGUGGCUAGCUGGCUAGCGAGCUCAGGGAAACGACCCCCCCCCCCUCUCUCCAGCGUCUCCCUGCUGCUACCUCGGCUAACGUUAGUAGCGCACACAAUACACAAAUAAGUGUGAGCAAAACGGAUUGCUGAGUGACGUUAAAAUAGAAAACAAAACUCAGGAUAGCUUUGGGGGACUGUGCGACAGGUAAACUCAUCGUUAAAAGCAACCAUCAGCUCAAUCGGCCAUGUAACUUUUUUUACGGUUUUCUGGGACUUUUUUCACUUCGGAUGCUGGCAUUACAAAGUAAUUACAACCAUGAUGAUCAUAAGCAGAAAGCCAGAGGGCCCAAUCGCAACAGCGCGUCACGGUGAUGGACUUUACGACUCAUACAUGAGGACGGACCACAUCCUCAAGGAGGACACCGACACCAGCAGUCCUUCUGGCCUGCCCCCCAUGCCCAAGCUCACAGCGGUCAGUAACAAGGGUGUGAUGAGGGAUCAGAUAACCGUGCGAGGUGGCCAGCUGAAGGUCAAGUAUCUGUACGAAGACGCCGCUAACAAUCGCAAGAUCAGUGCCAUUACCACGGUCGCACCUCAAAACGGCGGGACCGGCGCUCAGACGUCGAGUAAACCGGCAGCAACCACCACCUUGCCCAAAGAUCACAGCGCUGACAGCUCCGAAUCCAGUAAAGGCUCCAAUGACAACGCUGGCUCUCAAGGAGUUGCCAAUGGCGGGAACACUACCAAGCUCUGUGGCCCCCUCACGCCAGAACAGGCCGUGAGACUGUACCGGACCCAACUGACCAGCGUUGAGCAGACCGAAAUCCACUCCUACUCCGACGUCUAUUUCGUGGGACCCAAUGCCAAGAAGAGGCCCGCCGUCACUGGGGGCAGCAACAACUGCGGCUAUGAUGACGAGCAAGGCGGCUACAUCAACGUCCCCCAUGACCACCUGGCUUACCGCUACGAGUUUCUCAAGAUUAUUGGCAAGGGCAGCUUCGGCCAGGUGGCCAAAGUCUACGACCACAAAAUGCAGCAGCACCUGGCUCUGAAGAUGGUCCGCAACGAGAAGCGUUUCCACCGCCAGGCGCAGGAAGAGAUCCGCAUCCUGGAGCACCUGCGCAAGCAGGACCGCAGCGGCACCAUGAACGUGGUGCACAUGCUGGAACAUUUCACCUUCCGCAACCACAUCUGCAUGACCUUCGAGUUGCUCAGCAUGAACCUCUACGAGCUGAUCAAGCGCAACAAGUUCCAAGGCUUCAGCUUGCCUCUGGUCAGGAAGUUUGCUCACUCGAUCCUGCAGUGCCUGGAAGCCCUGAGCAGGCUCCGAAUCAUCCACUGUGACCUCAAGCCCGAGAACAUUCUGCUCAAGCAGCAGGGACGCAGCGGCAUCAAGGUGAUAGACUUUGGCUCCAGCUGCUUUGAGCACCAGCGCGUGUACACCUACAUCCAGUCUCGCUUCUAUCGAGCUCCCGAGGUGAUCUUCGGCGCUCGCUACGGCCUGCCCAUCGACAUGUGGAGCUUCGGCUGCAUCCUGGCCGAGCUGCUGACGGGCUACCCGCUUUUCCCCGGCGAGGACGAGGGCGACCAAUUAGCCUGCGUCAUGGAACUGCUAGGCAUGCCUCCUCAGAAGGUUCUGGAGCAGGCCAAAAGAGUAAAGACCUUUAUCAACUCCAAGGGCCACCCCCGAUACUGCGGAGCCAACACCCUGCCCACGGGGGCCACCGUGCUCACGGCGUCGCGCUCCCGCCGCGGUAAGUUGAGAGGUCCCCCGGCGAGCAAAGAGUGGAGCGCCGCGCUCAAAGGUUGCGAGGACGCCACCUUUAUUGACUUCAUUAAGAAGUGUUUGGACUGGGACCCCUCAUCUCGUCUGACCCCCAGCCAGGCACUCCGACACCCUUGGCUGUAUCGCCGGCUGCCCAAAUCGCUACCCGUAGCCGAGAGGAGCCAAGGGGCCCCCAUGAGGCGGCUCCCCGAUAACCACAGCACCUCCUUCCCCUCCAUCAUGGCCAAGGGCGGGUCAGGCCUGGGCACCACAGCUGUGAAUAACAAACUGAGGAGCAACAUGUUGGGAGAUUCCGGAGAGGUCGUACCUAUUCGCACGGUCCUACCCAAACUUGUCACUUAGCGAGGGAGCGAGAGAGUCCCACUUAUCUCCUCUCUCCCUCCUCCUCCUCCGCACCUCUCAGGAGGAGUCAGUGUGCAGGAGGAUGCGGAGUCUAGGUUUUAAAAUGCUCGCUUGUCCUUUGUUUUUUUUUUGUUUAGUUUUUUUUUUUUUAUACUGCGCGGUGUCGACACCCCAGUUCUGGCUUUUUGAUAUUAGCUGAGCAAAUGAGAGACGAUGCAAGGGGAAACAAAUGGUUUUCUACGGAGGAUUUCCUUGGGCGGCUGUGCUGAUUCUAUCCACGGUCGUUGAUUUUGAUCAUCCUUUGUACAAAUGUGCGAGUGUUUUUAAUGUGAAUUUGUUCCCACGCGAGUGUUUUUAGUUGCCCGCACUCAAAUGCCUCACUCUUUUAUCACUGAACACUCUGAGGAGCUCAAAGGGCUACAAACUCCCCACUUAGCUCGCCGGUAGCCGACAAAGCUUUACUCAGCCAACAGUCAUCGUCGAAAAUGAGCACACUGACACAUACAGCCGACACGUUCACGCUAUUUGACGACAGCAUCAUGUAGUUUCUGCAAUAACUUUUCUCCUUUUGACCUCUUGACCUAAUCCCCGGUGCUAGCAUGUCACCUCAGCAUGUGACAUUAGUAUGUGCGCGAACACACUGGCUCAGCGUUACUGUGGGGAAACAUGAGCGAUCGAGUCCCCUCAUCCCGAAGGUUGAUGAUGACAGAAGCUGCGCUUGUCACUAAAUCGUCAUGGACUCACUUUGCUUUCUUAGUUCCUGGGAAUAAUUCAUCUCUACCGAGCCUCCUUCCCGUAUCCACACAAUCAUCUUUAUCGACCACUAAAAUGCUCUUGGUUCUAACAGUGUAACGAGGGAUCAUGUCUCCAAACAGGCGCAAGGAAGAUGGUGCAUCUAGAAAAAAAAAAGUGAAAUAACAGGCUUUAGAAUGUGCUAAAAAUGUGAGCCGCUUUCUUUCUAGUGAGAAGAGCCAGUAGCAAAGAUGGCCCUCCGUGGUACCGAUUUGAAGGCGUUUUUCUCAGGGAUAGUCAUACUUGAUACAUCCCCUUAAUCCUACACUGCAGGGGUCCCCGACUACAAGGGCACAAGCCGGAAUCGGGCUGCAGAGGCGGACUUUCUUCAGAGUCAGAAGUGUAAUUUUGAAAAGCAGUUGCACCUGCCCGUUCCUCUGUUAAAAUCUUAUUUACAAAAAAAUGGGUGUGAUUCUUCAAAAAGGAGAACAAACCAAAUACCGAAAAAAAGAGCCUUUUAUCUCCAAGAAAGAAAAAAAAAUACAAAGACAAGAUCUGUAGUCCUACUUCAGGUUUGCGAUUAUGGCUUGUCGACUGACGCACCAAACCCGCUCUGUGACACAAAAGAAUAAAAGAUUCCGACACGUUGGAAUUGGCACAGAGCUCCCAGCAAUUAUGACAUUCUGCCAAAUGUCGAGUUGUGUCUUUGUUUUUGUUUAUAUGCCGGUUCGUCAAAAUCUCCUUUACAUGAAACCGGUUCAUGGAGCAAAAAAUAAAUAAAAAUAAAAUAGGUUGGGGGCUGCUGCUAAAAAGGCUUGCGUUUGCAUAUAAGUAUAUUCGUAUUGCUGUAACACAGCAGAGCUGCAAACGGGGCCCGGCCUGCAUGUUCCACAAUCUGACCUAGAUUUGCUUUCUCUCCUCCCCCUUGUUCUCACACUGUCAUGUAGGCCAGGGAACCUCGUCAACCCAUUAAUAUAUAUAUUGAAUUAUGGUGCUGUCCAGUCAUGCGUACACACACACACACACACACACACACACAAAGUUGUCAGGUGCAUGUUGUAUGGACCACUGCUCAAACACUUCUCUAUCUCAUCCCUUGUUUUCUAAGUAAAACUGUCAGGGAUUUCUACUUUAUUGUUGCUGGGCGGGGGGGUUCCUUUUUUUUUUUUUUAUAAAUAGAAGUGGUUUCUAUUGCGAGUCACUCCCAAAAUGUCAAGACGAAGUAUAAUCCAAACAUGGAUGAAGAAGACAAAAAAAGUUGUAUGCUGUCAUGUUGUACUCGUGGUGUGCGGUAUAGUAGCAGGAUGUUUGGUGUUCCAGCAUGAGAUCACAAUCUUGAUAAGUUACGGCUGAGUGACGACCAGAAGAGAAAUGUAAAGUAACCAAAUGGAGUUGGAAUAGUUUUUUUUUCUAAGGAAAUAAAAGAAAAAUGCUGAUUAA